ACAACAACCCGAGAACAGAGACCGUGGAGGACAAAUCCCCCUGGCAGAACCUCAUGGAAGAGGCUGUUUUGAACAGCUCCACUGUGCAGGAAGGCAAUGGGGAGGAAAAGCCACAAACAUUCCCCAUGGGAAAGGGCUCCAAACCCACUCCAUGGUGCUCCGAGGAGGAAAGACCCCCCGUGUGCUGGGAAGGUGGCUGGAGCUUCAGCCAGAGCUCUGAUCUGGUGGUCCACGAGCAGCUUCACAGCAGAGAGAAGCCCUUCACGUGCUUGGAAUGUGGGAAGAGCUUCAGCUGGAGGUCCCACCUGAUCCGCCACCAGAAGAUCCACACGGGGGAACGGCCCUACACAUGUGGGGAAUGUGGAAAGAGCUUCAGCAAGAGCUCCAGCCUCACGUACCACCAGCGCUUCCACAGUGGGGAACGGCCCUACAAGUGCUUGGAAUGUGGGAAGAGCUUCAGCCAGAGCUCCCACCUCCUCACCCACCGCCGGCUGCACACAGGGGAACGGCCCUACAAGUGCCUGGAAUGUGGGAAGAGCUUCAACCGCAGCUUCAGCCUUGUCAUCCACCGGCGUGUCCACACCGGGGAACGGCCCUACAAAUGUCCUGAGUGCGAGAAGAGGUUCCGGACCAGCUCUGAUCUCCUUCUGCAUCAACGAAUGCACACAGAGGAGAGGCCCUUCUGCUGCACCGACUGUGGGAAGGGCUUUGUCCGCAGCUCUGACCUCAUUAAGCACUGGCACAUCCACACCGGAGAGAGGCCCUACAGGUGCUUGAAGUGUGGGAAGAGCUUCAACCAGAGCUCUGCCUUGACCUCACACCAAAGGACUCACCGGUAAGGGAAACCAUCCGAGUGCCCCAACUGCAGGAAGAGCUUCGUCCGCUGCUUCAACUCCAUCACCCGCCAGAGGACCCAUGUUGGAUGAUCUGCAGUGACUCACAUUGGGCAGAGACCUGGUGGGUAAAGGCCUGUUGACCAACGUUUCUGGUGACCCAUGUUCCUUGUAACCCACUGUGGUAGUGCUUUACCCCCCCCCCCAGGCCUCGCUGUGAUCUGAGAAAUGCUUGUUAGGCCUCAGCCUUGAUGAACAGCCCUUGAGCUGAGCUGCUCUUGAGCUGCUCAGAAACACUGUCUGCUCAUAGGAACUGGUGCUGUCUAAUGAACUCCUGCUUUUCUUAACCAAUGGCCUUGAAAACUUGUUUUUCUUGCCCAAAGAACAACCCAAGUGGAAUCGUAUUUUUGUUCUCCAGCUUUCAGAGAAAGUCCCUAACCUGAACUGGGGCCAGGAUGGACAAUUCCUGUGCCUUAAAACCCCCUCUGUGUGGGCCCCAUAACCAACGGUGCUGAUUGAGACCCUUUGAGCUCUCUGAGGCCGCAGCAGCUGCGACAGCAACCUCCCUUUGUUUGGGCCUCUCAGAGCCCCCAACUCUCCCAUUUGCUGCACUCGGAGGAUCCUGACCGACAGCAGAUCUGGGGCUGAUCCCUCUCACUCCUUGAGGCUCAACCGUUCUUCUGAGAAUGUGCAGUGGCAUCCCAAGGGAGUAUUUUCCUGAAUCCCAAGGGAAUUGUUCCCAGGUACCUUGUCCAGACUCUUUCUGUCUGUGUGAGUGUGAAUCUGCCAUAACAAAUGUCCCAGGAACGCUGCUCUCCUGGAUUCUUCAGCACUUUGGAUUUGUAAGUCAGUCAGACCUGUGAGUUACUCUUAUGGUGUCAUAAAUUCUAUAUGAAUGCUUUGCUAAAUUGUUUGACUUCAGUUAUCAGUUAAGUGCUGUUGGGCCUCUAGGCAUAAACUGUUUAUCAAGUUCAGGGUCAGUUUAGCAUGGUGGCAGCUGCAGCAGGGGCCUGACCCUGCCCAGGACGGCUGAUGCCACCUGCCUGCUCCAAACUGGGCCGGACUGGUGCUCCCAGUGCUUUGUGAGCCAGGGCCGCUUUUGGGGACCCCCCUGGCACUGUCUGGCUGGUUUUGGGGUGUCAGCACCUGCCCAGCACUGGGGAUGGGCUGUGUGGGAGGAGUUGGGGCUGGACUGGUGGUGCUGGGAACUCCCCCGGCUGCGGGUGAGGGGAACUCGGAGGAGCAGGAAGGGGAGAGACAGUGGGAAAGCAGGAGGAAAGAGGGAGUGGGACACCCAAACCAAGCGGGACAGGGGGGCGACAACCCAAACCAAGAUCAGUGGUGGCUGGGGCUUGUGGACAAUUGGAAAGGGGGAGGAGAGAGAGGAAAAGGUGGGGCUUUGGACCAUCAAAAUGAGCUGAGAGGGGCUAGGUCACCAAAUCCAAGCAAGGUGAGGGGGGAUACCAAGCUGUCGGGGGAGCUGGGGAUUGUGAGGAUGAUGAGGAAGGGGUGAGACAGUGAGGAAAAGAGUUGGAAGAGCGGGCACAGGUAUCCCAUGGGGGUCCUGUAGCAGGAUGCUCUGCCUGGAAUGGGGUAAAACAACACCAGCAAGGCCCUGUUUGAAAAGCCCUCAGUGGGAAAUUAAGAAGGGUGGGGAGGAGGUUGUCAUGCUGUUUUGGGGACUGAACAAAGCUGAAACCAACCUGACUCAUCAAUCCCUAAGUUAAACAUCCUGAGAGUGAGAGAAUAUUUGGCAGACCUUGUAAAAUAUCUGGAUAUAAAGGAACAAACAAGUGACACCACUGAGAACUUCUCCAAAGCUGCUGAACUGGCAUAGCCUGGACACACCUGACUGACAGUCCAGCACUUUAUACUAGAAAAGCCUAGUCCCAAAUUUUAAAGGCAGGGUCUUCUGACAUGUCCCUUCUUGGGAUUGUGUGUGGAGAUUCCUGCCUGGAGUGGGGACACCCCUCAAAGUCACUCCUCAAGGCUAAGCCAAAGAGAUUUGCCUAAGGUCUUUGGUCUAGGUGAGUGACAUCAAUCUCUACUUAAUAAUUGGUUUUGGUUAAAUGCAAUUGCUUAAUACAGUUGCUUCAAUAUUGCUUCCUAGUGCACUAUAUUACAACAGUUGUUAUAGCUCCUAUACUGAGUAGUAAAUAAUUCUGAUUAAGAUAUUUUUACUUAAUCAUUAUCAUAAUAAAUCCUGUAUAUAUUUAUAUAAAUAUAUUUUGUUUGUAGUCCAGACGCCUGGGAUAUCACCAUGGAAACCCUGUCACUGCAUGGGACAUCACAGCUCUUUAGCAGCAUAGACACCUCUGUUGUCACCAUGAAGCCUCUGUGAGUGCUGUGGCAAAUUGGCUCCUUAGCAACCAUCACAAUUUCCUGUUGCUGUGGUCAGUUUCCAUGACAACUAUCACCAGGACAUGUUGCUCAUGCAUGGCCCGUGGCAGCUCCAUGGAGAUGCAACCACCCUGGGGUGGUUGCCAUGGGAACAAGCUGAGUCCUGUAGCCAGGGUCCGUUGCUAUGGCAGCGAUUUACGAUCCUAUACCGCUUGUCAGUUACCACAGCACCCAUCAGUGGACCCCUUCCUAAGUGUGGUGCCAUGGCAACCAAGAUUUGGACCAGUUGUGAUAGUUGGUUGCCGUGGAAACCUGCAUUAGGGCACAUUGCUAUGGGCUUGUGCCAUGGAAUUCUGGGUCUGUGACAUUUCCGUGGCAGCUUGGAUCAGCUGUCCCGGCAGUCAUCAUAGAAACCCA